GCGCAUCCCAGGCAGCUGGGCGCGUACGGUGCCGCGCACUCAGCAGCUAAUGGCCGCAAGUCGACUGCGCAGAACUAGGGGAUCAUCGGAAAGCAGCUGAGAGUGCAGGGAGAAGCUAAUCUGCAGGGGGCCAAGCAGUGACCAAAGAAAACUUUCAGAACUGAGAUCCGCUAAAAACCCGGGAAACUGCGCAGCAACCAAGACCCGUGGUGCUACGGCGGCGUCACCGCCCCUUUCCUUCCCCGCCCACGGCCUGCCAGGCCCCAGCCUGGAGCCAGGGGCGGGGCGACCUUUGCUCAGUCCAGGAGCCAUCCCAGCCGGGCGGGGUCAAGCGGUCUGGCUGAGGGCGGGGUGUCCGAAUCUCCCCGAGUCCGAGGUCUCAGAGUGCCAGGUGGCUCCGGAGCUUCUCGCGCUCACCUCCUGCCCCUCCCACCCAGGCUGGGUUUGGCCACCCAGUCCCGCACCUGGAUCCGCGGUUUCGGUCAGACCCGCCCGCGAACUGGUUUCGAUUGGGGACAGGAGCGGGGCGGGAGGGAGGAGCGGCCAGGAUGCGAGGAGGGGACUAGGGCGAGCCACGGAGUGGGGACAGACCCGUGCGGGAGACAAAGAGCGGCCGGAGAGAGCAGGGCGCAGCGCCACGACCCAAGGAGGCGCCCGAGCUGACUUCGGGGGUCAGAAGCCGGAGGAGCUUCAAUACAGAAGGCAGCAGGAGAGCCGUCGUGCGGCGGGAGCUCCCCGGGAUGCGGACGCCGGUGGUGAUGACGCUGGGCAUGGUGCUCACGCCCUGCGGGCUGCUGCUCAACCUGAUCAGCACACUGGCCCCCGGCUGGCGACUGGUAAAGGGCUUCCUCAACCAGCCGGUGGACGUGGUGCUGUACCAGGGCCUGUGGGACAUAUGCCGUGAGCAGAGCAGCCGUGAGCGCGAGUGUGGCCAGCCGGACCAGUGGAGCUACUUCGAGGCCCAGCCGGUGCUGGUGGCGCGGGGACUCAUGAUCACGUCGCUGGCCACCACCGCCGUCGGGCUGCUGCUGGCGUCGCUCGGCGUGCGCUGCUGGCAGGAGGAGCCCCAGUUCCUGCUGGCGGGCCUCUCGGGCGUAGUGCUUUUUGCCGCGGGCCUCUUCAGCCUCAUCCCGGUCUCCUGGUACAAUCACUUCUUGGGGGACCGCGAAGUCCUGCCCGCCCCGGCCCAACCGGUCACUGUAGAGGUUAGCUAUAGCCUGGUGCUGGGCUACCUGGGCAGCUGCCUAUUGCUGUUGGGAGGCUUCUCGUUAGCGCUCAGCUUCGCGCCUUGGUGCGAGGAGCAUUGUCACAGCUGUCGCAAGGCGACCCCAGCCGGGCCGCGCCGCAGCAGCAUCAGCACAGUCUACGUGGACUGGCCAGAGCCCACACUUACACCGGCCAUCAAGUACUACAGCGAGGGCCAGCACCGGCCGCCACCCACCGAAUACGGUGCCACUCGCAAGCCCAAGGUCGGUUUUCCCAUGCCGCAACCGCCGCCCAAGGCUUACACCAACCCGGUGGACGUGCUCGACGGGGAGGGGGGAAAGGCAGCCACCUCCCAGGGGGCAUCCUCACGCAGCACCCGGCCCUGUCACAGAUCGCUGCCCUGCGAUUCUGAUCUGUAGACCUCACCUCCUCCUUCCACCUGCAAGGCGGAGACCCUGGGCUUGGGAAUGCCUGCACCAUUCUACCUUGAACUUGCCAGCUGAGAAGCAGUCUGACUGGGGAUUGGAACCCCAUCACCUUCCUGAAACUGGUUGGAAAGGCGAUCUUCCUUUACUGUGACCAAACUAGGCUCUUUGGCUCUUUGGACGUUUAGUUCAGGCAUGCACUUAGCUUCAAAAAUGGCAUCUCUGCUCAACUGAGAGAAGCCACGUGAUUGAAGUCAACCAGAACUGGAUCUAAGGACAGGCACAUGGCCACAAAAUGAACAGUGUUGCCUUGCCACAUGUUCCUGGCCCCGAAGUAAUGAGACCAAACCAACCAUGGACUGAAACCUCUAAAACUGUAAGCCAAAAUAAACCUUUUAUCUUUAUAAGUUGAUUAUCUCAGGGAUUUGUUAUAGCAAUGAAAAGCUGACUAACACACUAAUUCUACCAGUGCUCAGGCUAGUGAGUUUACUACUUGAUUGUGAAUACUACGUAAGUAAUGGGACUAAUUAUGUACCUUAACCAGUUUGUGUAGAAGUACAUAAGGAUAAGAGAUUUACGCAGGUCUACAGGAAUUUGCCAUAGAAACAUUUUAACAUUUAAUGGGAAACACAAAGAUAUUUCCGAGAGAUAUGGGAUGAUGGAGUAUUCCAAAGUUCAGUAGAUUACAGCACUGUCAUAGUCACUGCAAGUUUACCUACCUUGUUGACUAAAUUUACUGUAAACUUUUAAGUCCACAAUCUUCUGGUCUACUUGGAACCACCGAUUUUCUAAAACUUCUGUUUUGCUGUACCAAACUUUAGUGAUUUGGGCUAAAACAAAAUCCAAUGAAAAAUCAUUAACAAAAACAAAAUUCUAUCUUAAGGCAACUUCCUGGGUAAAGAACAUGGUUCAGUAUGAAUACUUUCAUUCAUUGGCCUAAACCCCAGUUGAGUAAUGACAAUUUUACAAAAGAGACACAUAUUUUUCUAAACCUUAUUUCUGGAAGAGAAAUAAAAACCAUUAUAUACUUUCCUCCAUAAUAAAGUCACAUGUUUGUAAGCAUGACCAGAAUAUCCAUAUAUGUCCCAUAUAUAGUGAGUGAAUAUCCAUAUAUAGUGAGGAUAUGUGGAGGCACAUUCAAUGCUGGAUCCAUGCAAUUAAUGAGUAAUGAUUUUAAAUACUAUUCUAGAACAACAUUUCCAGAAAUGGCUUAUCUGCAACAAGAGUUACCAUGGGAUCUUAAAAUAAGAUGGCAAAGGUCUCAUGAUGUACCUAAUUAGAUAUCGAAGGUCUCACAAUGUACUUAAUAAAUUAGCAUCUCUCAAGUAGGAGCUGAAAACUUGUUUUUUUCCUUCCAAUUCUGAUGUGACUAGCCCAACUAGCCAAUGGACUGGCAUUUGAAAAUAUAAAGAGAUAAAGAUUUAUCAUAAACAGAAUUUUAUAGUUUCUUUAGACAUGAGUCAGAAAUUUAUACACCAAAAUCUAAUAUAUAUAAAAACAAUACACUAGAACACUGAUUUAGUAUAAUCCCUUUGAAAUAAGAGAAAUUCCAUGUUAGAAUGCUUGUUAAUUUACUUAAUACUCUCAAGGGUACUUAAUCAACCAAGAGAGGUACUGUCUUCAUUUUAUAGGUAAGGUAUUAGAACGACUGAUAGCAGGCAUACCACCUAGUUCUAAUUCCUAGCCCAGUUCUCUGUGUACUAUACCAUGGCUAUAGCUUGG